GCCUUCUCCACACGAUUCAGUCUGUAGAUGAGAGUCGUUCCGUGCCGUCGAACCUUGUGCGUGAGGUGUCUCCGUGCUUCGCUGUUCAUUGAGAUAGAUUCAUUUUCCUUCAGUGUAUAUCUCCUCCCAAAUACUUCUGGCUGGCCCAGCAGGUCGGUGAGUGGCACAGCCUGAACGUAUCCGCGCGCGCGUGUGUGUAUGUGUGAAAGCAUAUUUUGGUCCAUCAGCAGCAGCAGUGAAAAAUCGGCCAAAAUAAACGUCAUACAUUUUUCAUCGGACGGUUGGUUGCACCUCGGAGUGACCGCCAGCGGAAGGAUCCCGAUCCCGAUCCUCUGUCGGAUGCGCGAGACUGUGCAAAAGACUGUCCCACUUUGCUUCGAGUCCCUCGGCUCCUCCAGAGCAGUCGCCAGAUAGUCCCCAAAGUGUGUAGAGGAAGAAGAGAAGCAACACACACGGCGGAGCAGCGCAAAUUUGUAGAACCAGCGUCAGCGGCCAAGAGAACAGAGAGCGAAUCCAGCGAUUCCGGAGCAACAAGAGCAGAGCAAGACGUCGGGUCAACUGCUCGCUUGGAUGUGUGCUGUGGUGAAGUGUUGCGUACAGUGUUGCGAGUGUAUCCAGUGAGGGUGGUUGAGCACGACGGCAAGCAAGUGUGUUUGAGCAGGUCGAAAUAGUGUGAAGAAAAAUCCGGCACAAAAAGCGUGAAAAAAGAGGUGUUCUGGAGGCAGGAAGAGCAGGUCACAGUGGGCAGCGACGGUGAUUGAAAGUGCAAAAAUUUAGCCGAAAUUGGCCCGAAAGUGGAGUCCCGGUGCGGAAAGUGAUUGUGAACACGGUUGUGGAGGAAAAAAAACGGUGCCGACUGUGGUGGAGCACAAGUGGAUGUUGUGUACCACACCCCAAAACGAAGUGGCGCGACCGUAACCAAAGUGUGUGUCGUUCGUCGCGACGAAGAGGUGACUACCGGCCAAGAGGUGACCAAGUGUCAAACCGCGCGCAGAAGAGCGGGUGAAUCAAUCAGCGUUUGAGCUAAAACAGCCCGAAGAAAAAACCCGGAAAGUACACGGGUUCGGUCAACGACUGCAUCCAGAGUGGAGUCUCCAGACGUGCAGCAAGCCUGCUGCGAGAGUCAGAGCACUAGCCCCGAACGCGAGCGCCUCGGGUGACAUCUAAAUUGGAGCUUACAAGCAACUGCUGAUCUUGGAGUGGCCCCUUUUUGGUCGGCGCCAUCAAAACCGUCGAGUUCGAAGUUGUGUUGCGUGUGCGCUCGCUUUCCUCAACUGCGAAAUCGAAAGUGAUCCUCGGUGAGAUGUACGCGCGUUGAAGAUCGUCACGUGAGCAAUGUCUGCGCGAAUCGGUUUGGUGCACGGAUUUCGAAAGGGAACCAACUUCCAGCGGUGAAGAUCCGCGCUUGAUUAAACACGCGCGAGCUCGAGGGUGUAAUUUAGAGGUUCAGUGAAGGGGGUGAAAAAAGAUCCCGAGUGUCGUGAGGUGUGAUUUCCAAGCUGAUUGACGACGUGAUCGUACUAAUUUCCAGCAGUGUGUGCAGCGCUCAACCAGAAGAAGGAGGGCAGCUCCGUAAUUAAACCAUACUUAACAAAUUAGCAUCCCCCGCCCCCCCUUGUGCCCAACUCCUAAUCCGAUUAGGAGAACCGGCGAGAGGUGAAUCGCGACGCGAUAAAAACCAAUCAGUAGAAGGAGAAGGAGGAGGGCUCCCAACAGAGAGGAGCGCGGGAAAACAUUUUCGUGGGCGAAAUUCUAUCAACAAAAGGCCGCCAACCUGGAACUAAUGGAAUUAGAGAACAUCGUGGCCAACACGGUCUACCUGAAGGCACGCGAAGGAGGUUCCGAUAGCAAUAAGGGUAAAAGCAAAAAAUGGCGCAAAAUCCUCCAGUUCCCACACAUAUCGCAAUGUAUAGAUCUCAAAAGCAAAAUAGAUGUAAGUUAUGAUUACGUAGUCGAUCAGCAGCCCAUCGGCCGGGAGCUGUUCCACCAGUUCUGCAAAGUCAAGCGGCCACAAUAUUUUCGGUACAUCACGUUCCUGGACGACAUUGCGAGGUAUGAGAUCGCGUCGGACGAGAACCGCGGCGACCUGGUGUACGAUCUGGCCAAGCGGUACCUGGGCCUGUGCACGACGGAGGGCCAAGCCACCGAGGACAGCGGCGGCGGGGGUGGUGACGGGGACGACGGAAAGUGCGACGAUGACAGUGGCAUCGGGGCGGACACCAAGACCAAGCUCAGCAACCACGAUGACCACCACGAGCAGGGGCAGGGCCAGGGCAAGGACAAGGACAAAACCGUCAAGAACAACGGCAGCUCGGCGGGAGCUAAUCAGAACGCCACUGGGAAGGUUAGCAACUCGGCGACGGCCAUUCGGAACCCGGACGACGAUGACUUUGUGCUGGACGUGCUGAACGAUGACAUCGUGGCGCAGGUGCGGAGUAAACUGUUGGGUAGCAGCAAGGAGCUGUUUGAGGCAUCCGUGCAGGCCGUCCGAACAUUCCUCGAGGGGGAGCCGUUCCGGGAAUUCGAAGCGUCAAUGUACUUUCACAGAUACUUACAGUGGAAGUGGCUGGAAGCUCAGGCGAUUACUUACAAAACAUUUCGCAUGUACCGGGUGCUGGGCAAGGGUGGCUUCGGCGAGGUCUGCGCAUGUCAGGUCCGCGCCACCGGCAAGAUGUACGCGUGCAAAAAGCUCGAGAAGAAGCGCAUCAAGAAGCGCAAGGGCGAAUCGAUGGUGCUGAUCGAGAAGCAGAUCCUGCAGAAGAUCAACUCCCGCUUCGUGGUGAACCUGGCGUACGCGUACGAAACCAAGGACGCCCUCUGCCUGGUGCUGACGAUCAUGAACGGUGGCGAUCUCAAGUUUCACAUUUACAACAUGGGCGGGGAUCCCGGGUUCGAGCCGAACCGGGCCAAGUUCUACGCGGCGGAGGUGGUCUGCGGGUUACAGCAUUUGCACCAGAUGGGCAUCGUGUACCGGGACUGUAAACCGGAGAACAUUCUGCUGGACGACACCGGGCACGUGCGGAUAUCGGACCUGGGGUUGGCCGUGGAGAUUCCCGAGGGCGAGCUGGUACGGGGAAGGGUGGGAACCGUUGGUUACAUGGCCCCGGAGGUCAUCGACAACGAGAAGUACGCCUACUCGCCGGACUGGUUCAGCUUCGGCUGCCUGCUGUACGAGAUGAUCGAAGGUCAGGCGCCGUUCCGGGCCCGCAAGGAGAAGGUGAAACGGGAAGAGGUCGACCGACGGGUGAAGGAGGACGCCGAAAAGUACUCGCACAAGUUCAGCGAUGAAGCCAAAUCUCUGUGCCAACAACUGCUCACGAAGGCCGUCAAAAGUCGGCUCGGGUGUCGCAACGGCCGGUACGGGGCCCGCGAGGCCAAGCUACACCCGUUCUUCAACAGUAUUAACUGGAAGCGGCUCGAGGCCGGUCUGAUAGAGCCACCGUUCGUUCCCGACCCCCACGCCGUGUAUGCCAAAGACGUGCUCGACAUCGAGCAGUUCUCGACGGUAAAGGGGGUGAAUCUGGACGCGACCGACGAGAAUUUUUACUCGAAGUUCAACACCGGCUCGGUGUCGAUACCGUGGCAAAACGAGAUGCUCGAGACGGAGUGCUUCCGCGAGCUGAACGUGUUCGGCCAGGAAGAGAGCCCGACGCCGGACCUGCUGGUGAAUGCGCCCCCCGUCGUCGAGAAGCCGGGCUGCUUUCCGUUCCGGAGAAAGAAAAAGCAAUCCGCCCGGGAGAAGCCCGUCCCGUUCAACGAGAAGUUGCUCUCAUCUAGUCAAACCGGUGUCACAAUUAGCCAAACCCAGAGCGAAAGCUGAUAGUGCGAUCCGGCCCCAUCUGGAAACCACCACAUGGCAGCAGCAGCGUCAGCGUCAACAGCAUGAACGACAAAACAGUAGACAAACAAGAGAGUUGUUACAGACAAUUGAGACAGUCUCGACAAGAUUCGAGAUUCGUGCGGAACACAGUCAUUGGUUUAUUUCGGUAAGAAAGGUCUGUUGUUAUUAUUAUUUUUUUCUGCCAGACACACUCACAGAAAAGCGCGCGAAUGCGCGCCCAAGGAUUCGUUAUUUAUUUUAACAAGAAUUUAGAAUAUUUUAAAAUGAAUUUUCUUUCUGUACAUAUCGGUUUCCUGAGUAGUUGUUACGCCUGUCUCUUCGCACAAAUGUUUUAGUAGCAUUUUAAAACGACGUGAUUUUUUUUUUAACUUUUAUUACAUUAUACAAUAAGAGAUCUGCCAGCACGGGGUGGCGCAAGAGAAAGCGAGAGAGAAUGUGUAAGAAUGUACAUUGUUGCAAUGUAUUUGUAGAAUAAUUAUUGAAAACAAAAAAAAUCAAGAAACCCACACAAAAACAAAUAUCUCAUACGUGUUUUUAUAACCGAACAGAAAACAAAGCAAAAGAGUUAAACAAAAAA